UAGUACCGAUAUAUCUUGUUUUAAAGACGAGAAGUGCGGAGAAGGGUGCAUGGAGCAGACUUUUCUUGAAGUUUCGUGGAGCAAAUGUGAUGGUGAAAUAUUCGCUCAUACCCAUCUAAGUAAGAUACCUAAUAUUUUUACUUUCAAAUACAUAUUCAUUUUAGUUGGUGAAUAUGAGACAGGCCUGGAUCAAUCACGCAAGGAUAAUAAGAAGGAAUUCGAUCUGGAGAUAUAUGCUAAUAGCAGCUUCAAGAUGGAUUUUGAUGGAAGGCCAGAAACAUUUACAACAACUGGAAACAAGAAGAUUCACUGCCUUCCAACAACAGAAAAAAAUGCCAUUGUUGCACCAGAAACAUGGGAAAUCAAAAAUGCUGAUCUGCCGGGUAAAUAUAAAUAUCUGCUCGUCUUCCAUCUACUUCAGCAAAAGGCUACACGAGUGUACAUGGGAAAUGAAUACAAGGGAGAACCUAAUAGAACGGAGCCAGAUUGUAAUCUCUUCAUUCAAUUCAAAAGGAAGAACUACCAAUUCCUUUAUGUCCCGCCUCAGAAAUCGACUACAGUUACUACCACUACAACAACAACCGAACCAACGACAGCUACCAACAAAACAAUUCCAACGACAGGAACGCAGCAAGUAAACAGUACACCAACAGCAAGAGUGCAGGAAGUAAAGGACACCGAGAAAAAAAGUUAUGGUUGGGUUCUGGUGAUUCUGUUUUUGCUUGUAGCAGCUGGAAUUGGCAUUGGAUUCUAUGUUUGGCACAGCAAGUCAAAAAAAGCAAAGCAACAAGAAGAGGAAAUUGAAGAAGUCAACGAAGAAGGAUGUGAUGAAGAAGGCGAGCUACAAACGGCUUAUUGGGCUAACAUUGGCAAUGAGGACGCAAUCAAUGAGGCCAACUUCAAGCGGAAAAUCGCAAAACUGCCCUCAUUGGAAGACCAGUACGUCAGAGAAAUUUACGACAGGAUGAAUAAGCAUAAGGCAGCAGUCCACAAGAAAUUGCUCUUUGAAGUGUAUCUACCGGAAUUGCAGGAGAAAGGCUAUCCUAUUGUUGGCACAUACCGUGAGUGGAGAAAGAAGACUGGCUUUAACGUGAAACCGGGAGAGUCACGCGAUAUGCGCGAAGGAAGAAUACAAAAGGCGGCUGAGCAAAAGAAGGAGAAAGAAGCUGCCAAAAAGUAUUUCGAUGAGAAACAAUCCAAGGACUACUACGAUGAAAAUACCAAAGGUGGGGGAGAGAAGAUAGUGCAGGGAGAAGUGGAGGAAUUUGAACCGAAAGUGGAUUGGACUAAGAAGGACUCAAUUCUGAAGGAAUCGACUUCAAAGCACUCCGACGCGAAGAAGGAAUCGACUUCGAAGCACUCGGACGCGAAGAAGGAAUCGACUUCGAAGCACUCAACUCUGAAGACGGAUCCGGCACCGGAGAAGGCGGAUGCUGUAAAGAGCAAGCAGGCAAAUACAGCAUCAAGUAUUCCAGCGGAAAAGUCGGCGGUUGGGGAGACGGAUCAGUAAAUUGUUGAGAUGUUGCGGCUAAGAAUAGAACAGAAGUUGAGAAGAUAUUUGGAAAUAGAGAAUAAUUUGUAAAUAAUUGUAAAUCCUUCAUUCU